CGCGGGUGCAAUUUCUUCCAAGCGCUUCUGCAUGCUUGGCUGGGGGAAGCGGCAAACGCCCGAAAAGGGCUCCCUGCGCACGAGGAUUUGGAAGGCGGUGCGGUGCGGUGUGCGAGAGAGCGGCGGUGGCAGCAAAAAAGUCAAAAACUUCAAAAGUCACGGGUGCCAGCAUCGUCGCUGGUGCUAAGUCUCAUCUAAGCAGGCAUUUGAUUCCUCAAGUCUCUCCCUUCACCUUGUGUUGCACGCAGUCUUUCGCAACAAAGCGCUUUACUACCACAUCGAGCAGCUCCUGGAACGAUCCAUACGCCACUAGCCUCCUCCCCACACCCGCCCACAGCUCAGCAUGUACGGCUUCUCUCGGGGCCUCAGGGCCGCCGCCACCCCAGCGGCGAGGUCAGCCAUGUCCCCCGCUAUGAUGAGAGCUACUGCUUCUCCCAGUGCUGCACGCCUUGCCCCACUCGGUGCAAGAUUGCAAUCAGGCAAGGUCACUGGCCCCGUCAUUGGUAUUGACUUGGGUACAACCAACUCUUGCGUUUCCGUGAUGGAGGGUCAGACAGCUCGAGUCAUCGAGAACGCAGAAGGUGGAAGGACAACCCCCUCAGUGGUCGCCUUCACGAAGGAAGGUGAACGAUUGGUUGGUGUCCCUGCCAAGCGUCAGGCUGUUGUGAACCCAGAGGCUACGCUUUUCGCCACCAAGCGAUUGAUCGGUCGUAAAUUCCAAGACAAGGAAGUUCAAAAGGAUAUCGACAAUGUCCCAUUUAAGAUUGUGCCCCACUCAAAUGGCGACGCCUGGCUGGAAGUACGAGGUCAGAAGUACUCCCCUGCUCAAAUCGGUGCUUUCGUAGUUGGAAAGAUGAAGGAGACUGCCUCUGCCUACCUUGGCAAGCAGGCAGGUCACGCUGUCAUUACUGUUCCCGCUUAUUUCAACGACGCACAAAGGCAGUCCACCAAAGAUGCAGGUGCCAUUGCAGGCCUUGACGUUCUCCGUGUCAUCAACGAGCCCACAGCGGCAGCACUCGCAUACGGUCUCGACAAGACUGCUGCUAGCGUGAUUGCUGUCUUCGAUCUGGGAGGUGGUACAUUCGAUGUUUCGAUUCUGGAGAUGCAAAAAGGUGUUUUCGAGGUGAAGAGCACCAACGGUGACACGCAUCUGGGAGGUGAAGACUUCGACAUUGUCCUCGUUGAACACCUCGUGCAAGAGUUCAAGAAAGAGUCUGGUAUCGAUCUCAGCAAGGACCGCAUGGCCAUCCAGCGAAUUCGUGAGGCAGCGGAGAAGGCAAAGAUCGAGCUGUCCAGCGCGUCGCAGACAGACAUUUCCUUGCCAUACAUCACUGCGGACGCUUCUGGACCCAAGCACAUCAACAGCAAGAUGAGCAGAGCGCAGCUCGAGGGUCUUGUUGGCAAGCUCAUCGACAGGACUGUUGAGCCUUGCAAGAAAGCUAUCCAGGAUGCCGGCAUCAAGCCUCAGGAUGUCCAGGACGUCAUCAUGGUCGGUGGUAUGAGCCGCAUGCCCAAGGUUCUCGAGACCGUGAAGAGCAUCUUCAAGCGUGAUCCAUCUCGCGGCGUCAACCCUGAUGAAGCUGUUGCGAUCGGUGCUUCCAUUCAGGGUGGUGUUUUGAGCGGACAGGUCACCGACAUCUUGCUGCUUGAUGUCACGCCCUUGUCUCUCGGUAUCAACACCCUGGGAGGCGUCUUCACCCGUCUCAUCAACCGCAACACUACCAUCCCCACCAAGAAGAGUCAAGUCUUCUCCACGGCCGCUGAUGGUCAGACAGCCGUCGAUAUUCAGGUGUACCAGGGAGAGCGUGAGCUCGUCCGGGACAACAAGCUCCUUGGAAACUUCCAGCUCUCCGGUAUCCCUCCUGCACCCAAGGGUGUGCCUCAGGUCGAGGUCACCUUCGACAUUGACGCAGACGGUAUUGUGAAUGUGUCCGCUCGCGACAAGGUUGCUGGCAAGGAGCAACACGUUACCAUUGCCGCCGGCUCUGGUCUCAGCGACGACGAGAUCGAGCGCAUGAUGGCCGACGCAGAGCAGAACGCAGAAGCUGACAAGGCGCGAAAGUCUUUGAUCGAGGAGGCCAACAGGGCGCAGAGCGUCAGCAGCGAGACUGCCAAGGCGAUGGCAGAGUUUGGCGAUCAAAUCGAAAAGGCAGAGGCGGACAAGGUCAACCAGCUGAUCAAGGAGGUGGAAGAGCUUGCGGCCAAGGCACAAGCAGACAACUCUGCUGUCGAUGCAGAGGAGCUCCGCAAGGCCAUCGACAACGUUCAACAAGCCAGUCUUGGUCUCUUCAAGAAGGUUUACGAGAAGCGCGCGCAGGAUGGCGAGGCGUCUGGUCAGGCACAACAACCAAAGGAGGGCGAGGGAGAGAAGAAGGAGUAAAGCAAUGGUAGAUUGUAACCCUUCUUUCUGCCGAUUGAUGUUCGUGCUGUCUCCAAACCGAGACUGACUACGAGAUCGCCUCCGUCUCACUAUCCCCGCCAUCUUGUAAUCUGUGUCACUCAUCCCCACGCUCUUCUUUUUGCACAAAAGUAUCACCGCUCUGUAGAUAGAAUAUGGGCAGGACGUGCAAUUCCUGUCUUGGCCCUGCGCCACGGGAUAGCACGCCACCCUUUUUCAAAAGGCAAAAUCAUCACACUGCUUGCACGAGUCGUUGGUGCGAAGGCCAAGAGCCCUGCGUGCGCGAAGAAGCGGUGCAUACCUGAGUUCCUCAC